ACAUUUAGUCGGCGGGGCACAGGGCCGUCCCCUGCUCCAGGUGCUCACAGGCAGGAAGACAGACAGGCCGAAUGGAAACUGUACGGCGCGUGACUCCCAGGCAUGCCCUGGACCCAUCCAAAGACCCCUGCCUGAAGGCGAAAUGCAGCCCACACAAGGUGUGUGUGACCCAGGACUACCAGACUGCCCUGUGUGUCAGCCGCAAGCACCUGCUCCCCAGGCAAAAGAAGGGAAACGUGGCCCACAAACACUGGGCUGGACCUCUGAACCCAGUCAAGUGCAGGCCCUGCCCCGUGGCACAGUCAGCCAUGGUCUGCGGCUCCGAUGGCCACACCUAUACCUCCAAGUGCAAGAUGGAAUUCCAUGCGUGCUCUACAGGCAAGAGCCUCACCACCCUCUGUGACGGGCCCUGCCCAUGUCUCCCAGAGCCUGAGCCACCGAAACACAAGGCAGACAAGAAUGCCUGCACGGACAGGGAGCUGAGGAGCCUGGCUUCCCGGCUGAAAGACUGGUUCGGAGCCCUGCAUGAGGACGCCAACAGGGUCAUCAAGCCCACCAGCUCUGACACAGCCCAAGGCAGGUUUGACACCAGCAUCCUGCCCAUCUGCAAGGACUCCCUGGGCUGGAUGUUCAACAAGUUGGACAUGAACUAUGACCUCCUGCUUGACCACUCAGAGAUCAAUGCCAUCUACCUGGACAAGUAUGAGCCCUGUAUCAAGCCUCUCUUCAGCUCCUGUGACUCCUUCAAGGAUGGCAAGCUCUCAAACAAUGAGUGGUGCUACUGCUUCCAGAAGCCUGGAGGUCUCCCUUGCCAGAAUGAAAUGAACAGGAUUCAGAAGCUGAGCAAGGGGAAAAGCCUGUUAGGAACGUUCGUGCCCCGGUGCAAUGAGGAGGGCUAUUACAGAGCCACGCAGUGCCACAGCGGCACGGGGCAGUGCUGGUGUGUGGACAGGUACGGGAACGAGCUGGCCGGCUCCAGGAAGCAGGGCACCGUGAGCUGUGAAGAGGAGCAGGAAACCUCAGGAGACUUUGGCAGCGGGGGCUCCGUGGUCCUCCUGGACGAUCUGGAGGACGCACGGGAGCUGGGCCCAAAGGACAAACUGGGGAAGCUGCGGAUGCAUACCCGGGCGGUGACAGAGGACGACGAGGAUGAGGACGACGACAAAGAGGAUGAGGUCGGGUACAUAUGGUAGUGCCCACAAGGGAGAGGACACAGGCUGGCACGAAACUGCAAGUUUCUUCCUGUCCCUGCAUUUGUAUCUAAGACUCCACGGCACCAAGGUCUCGUCUCCCUUGUCGCUCUCUGUGCCCGGCCUGCGGUCUGGAGGACGGCUACUUGUCCCCAGAGCAUUCUGGUCUUGCUUACGGCUCUGUGGGAAGGAAGGUGUUGUGCUGUGUUGUGUGUUUAGACAGGAGACUGGCUGAGCUAGAGCCUCCUUCCCUCCCAUGAGACCGGUGCACCGAGCAUGAUUUACGGAGGAUUUGACAGUGCAGGGAGCCCCACCCUCAAUGUCGAAGACCCUUUUCCGACUAGGGCGGUUAUUCAGCAUGGUUCCGGCCUGACGGUGUCUAAGUGCUUUUCUGUGUCUUGUAGAUGUCGUGGAAAAUACACCACACUGUACUCGAUCCCGCUCCCACCACCCCUGGUGUUCAUUGUUAAAAAUUAGUUACAUCACUAUAUCUGGCUUCCUACAAACAACAGCCUUAAUUCAGUCAAGAAUCCUUUUGGGGAACUGAUUUUCUUUAUUAAAAAUGGUGUCUGGAUGCUUCUCUCUGUACAUGCGUAUAUGUAUACAUAUGUACAGAAGAGACUGUGUGUGUGCAAGGUACACACAUCACUAAGAAAACCUGUUUGACUAUCUAUUAACAAUUCAUUUGAAAAACAAUAUACAUGUGUCAGCUUGUCCAGACCUGGAGCACAAUUCUGGAACGGCAUUUGUUCGCAGUCCUGUUUGCACUAAGGUUGGCACUUGCAGCCCACAGGUGGAGGAGGGUUCUUCUCUAAGCAUCAGCAAUUGCUGGAGCCUCUUUGAUUUGGAUGAGCCUCUGCCUGCCUGAAUCACUUCUCUUGUACAAGCCAUGAGACUCCCACGUGGGCAGCGUCACAAGCCAUCUCUUCCAUUCAGCUCAAAGCCCCCUCGGGCUGCAGCAGUCCCAACCUACUCAAGGGCUUGCUCUAAGGCUGUACACGUAGCCCCGCUCGUGGUGUUCCUUAGAAGAAAAUUUGGGAUUCUUAACUCAAGGUUUUGUUUUUGCCGCCAUUCCAUCCACAAAUCACAAAGGGAUAAAAAGCAGCAUCAAAUCCUCUAAGGAGCUUCACAGUUGCACAU